AAGUGAAGAAGGUGCUGGACGUGGAGAAAAGGGACCACAAGCUGAGUCUGUCCUGUCAGAAAGCGGUUUUUUCUUCUUUCUUUUUUUUUUUCGCUGUUUGUGAAACUUCGCUUUUCAAUUACAUUUUUUGUUUUGUUGUGUGUGUGUGUGUGUGUGUUUUAAUUUAUUUUUUUUAGGAUUAGAAAUUCUGUUUCCACUGUCCUGAAGCGGCGGACAUGGGAAUCCUGCAGUACUUGUGUCUCCUGGCUUUUUGCGCCUGCUGUGUUUGUCAAGUUGAUGGGCGAAGAACAUACAGUGAUGUUUUCCCCCACAAGCAUUCAUUAGCUGGCAAGUUCCCAUUUCCAAUUCCAGCAAUCCCUGGAUGGGAGCCUGACACCAAUCCGUGGGACGAUUACCUCUACCCUCCACUAAGCUCAAACCCAAGAGAGCUCAUGCAUCACAGAGGCAAACCGAAGGUUCAUCUGACCAGCGACAGCCCGGCUCUCAAUGGCUCAUGCAUUACCUUUACCGCUAAGCUGGAGUAUCCUCCAUGCCAGAAGGAAGACGCAAACGGGGACCUUGUCUGGGACGAGCACUGCGAGGACGGUACGGAGCUGGAGGCCUCAGCCAACGGACAGCUUCGCUCAGGCUACGUCUACAACUGGACUUCUUGGUUGGAUGACUAUGGCUUCGGGAAGUGCACAGACCCGACAAAAUGCAACGUGUUCCCCGAUGGGAAGCCCUUCUCCCAGAGCAACGACUGGAGACGCAAGAGUUACGUCUACGUGUGGCACACAAUGGGCCAGUACUACGAAACAUGCGAUGGCUCUUCUUCCAGUGUGACCAUCAAUACCACUAAUAUCCCGCUGGGGGGAGAGGUCAUGGAGGUUAUGGUGUACAGGAAGCGUGAGCGCAGGAAGUACAGCCCCUUGACCAGUGAUAACACCGUCUUCUUAGUCACAGAUAAGAUCCCACUGGCCGUCGACAUUUCCCAGAAGUCCGUAGUCAACAAGUCUGCCAGUGUUUUCAUCCGUGGAGAGGAGAUUGUCUUCAAGGUCCAGCUUCAUGACCCCAGUGGUUACCUAAAGACAGCCGCUUCAGUGGAUUACAUCUGGGACUUCAGAGACGGCAACCAGGUCGUGACACACCGCGAGGUGACCACGCACACCUACAGCACGCUGGGAAGGAUGAAUGUGAAGCUGGUGGUGGAGGCCGCGUUUCCUGUCGAGUGUCCACCCACCUCUGCCACUCCGACUCCAAGGCGCCCCACAUCGCCACCUCUCACAGCGGCCCCCACAACUCCUCCGGCUACACACGCCGUCACAACGAAGAUCAAGACAACGCUGGCACCACCCAAAACCAGUCAGCCCGUUGACUCCUCCACUUUAUCUGUCGUGACGACGACGACGACGGGGUUGCCCACAACAGAGCCCCUCCUGUCCACGGUCGCCACAGAAUCCAACCCCACCACCCUGCCUUGGCUCCGAAGCAGGGGUCUCAACGCCAACGAGUGUUUCCGAUACGCCUACGGAACCUUCUCGGGCAACAUCACUAUAGUCGCUUCUCUCAAGCGUGUCGUCUCGCUACCCGUGUUGUACGCAGAACCAAAGCCCCCACUGAGGAACCGGCUAAACAGUCGCAUCGUGGACGUGUCGGCUGCCAGGGUGACCAACACAGACAUCAGCUUCAGGGUGAAAUGUCUGGGAAGCAUCCCCACUUCAGCCUGCACCAUUGUGUCGGACCCCAGCUGCUCUCAGGUGCGCAACGUCAUGUGCGACGACGUGCCGCCUUCAUCAGAGUGUGAAGUGCACCUGCGGCGAAGGUUCCUGGAACCGGGCACCUACUGCGUGAACAUCACCCUGGAGAACUCCAGCAGCAUGGCACUCGCCAGCACCACCAUCACCAUCAGCAAGUCUCAAGACGCACCCGCGCCUAAAACUUCAAACACCGCCCAGGUGGUUCUGACUUCAAGUGCCGUGCUGGUGGCAGUCUUUGCGAUCGUUGCCUACAUGGUCUACCGGCGUCACAAGAUCUACAGACCCAUCCGAAGGUCACUGGUUGAGGAUGCCUGUGCCAGUUCUGGUGCUGCAGGUCACAUGGUUCGCCUGAGGGAGGCGCUCUUUCCCUCCAGCGAGGAGAGUCGCCACCUUUUGACUGAGAGACAGGCUUUGUAGGGUUUGGAGGAGUUGCAUUAAAUAAGCUUUUUUUUUUUUCUCUCUUGUACUUUAAAAAGACACUUCUGAAAUGAAGCAAAGAGAAUUGAUACUAAUAAUGUUAUGUCCUAAUUCAGCCGAAUCCUAAUGCUCUACAAUUCAGACGACAAGAUGUACUAAAGAGGUCGCUUGAUUUGUGGCUGCUGCACUAAUUUUAAUGUCAGCUUUGAAUGAAGAUGCUGUGAAGGAGUUUCGAUAAGCCACAUUGGUGCCUUUGAUUAAAAGCAAUAUGAAGAAACGUCAACAUCGAGGAUGUUCUGUACCUUUUUCCUUAAACUCUUGCAAAACCUUUGGUUUUUGAUUCAUUAUUAAACAAUUUAAACUUUAAA